AAAAAGGAAAAAAGAAAAUAAGAAAAUAAAAUCGCGUCUCUCCCCAUCUCUCUCUCUUCCUAAUUCUCUAACCCUAAUUUGUUCUACGCAUCUUUGAUUCGUUGAUCUCCUCGAUCGCUUCGGCAUCGAUCGGAUGAUCUCGUGAGCGUGAUCUCCUCGGCGAGGAUGGACGGAUUUGUUGGGUGUUUUCGUGGUUUGAUUCGAUUGGUUUGUUGUGUUUCGAUCGAUUUGGCGUGAUUUGUUCGGUUGGGAUUGGGUGGAUUGGGGUUUAUGAUGUCGUUUGUGGAGAAAGGAGGCGAUUUUGGAAGGAAGGGGAAGGGAACUUGUGAUUCUGCAACUUUGCGUAAAUCUGUUGAUGUGAAGAAGGAGAGGAAGAGGCGAUUGAUACUUCAAUCCAGUGAUUCAGAGACGGAUGAUUACUUCAUUAGUCCGCGGAGAAAGGCGGAGGAUUGCUCUUAUCAGAACGGGGAUGGUCCAAUUGUUAUGAAACACGUCGGUGCCGAACAUCGAAAGGAGGCGGAGAUCGAGGGGGAUAAGAAUCAGGUUAUGAGGUCGGAUAAUGCUCGUUCUGGCUCUGGUAAGAAGAGAUUGCUUUCAGGGUCGGAGAAGAAGAGGAACAGAGAGCUGCCUGGUGAUGAAAAACUCACCAAGAAGAUCAAGACGGGAUCUUUGAAAGAUUCCAGUAAUGGACAGGUCAAGGGUUCUUGCAGGAAUAAGCUGAAAUCCGAUUCUGUGCAAUGUGAUUACAAAGUAUAUCCUGAUGGCAGAGAGAGGGAUGGCUUGAAAACGAAGGGGAGACUUGUUUUGAAUAGCUCUAGCAAUUCAACAGAGGAAAAGAUCAGAAGGAGAGACUAUACAGGGCAUGAGAAGGUGCGAGGUUUGAAGGCUAGCGAUGUCGUGGCAACUAGAGCGGAGGGUGAUGACAUUCGACGCAAAGGUAUAAGGUUGCAAGCAAAAAGUGGUGUUCUUAAGGUUUAUCCUAGCAAGAAGAAAGUUGGUGGGGUUGAAAAAGUUCAGAUUUGUCAGGGAGAUGAAGAGAAAUCCAAGCGCUUUGAGUCUCCCGGUGUUGCAAAAAGUGCUAUCACAUUUAACCAACCUGAUAUUUAUAGAGAAAGAAAAUCUACUGAAAGAUCGGACUCUUCAACUAAAGUAGGGAAAAGUCGAGCGAGCUUGAAGAAAAUUUCACCGACUGGGAAUAGCAAAGCAACUAACCAAAAAGUACUACUGCACAAAGCUGAGACAGACACCUCCCAUCAGCUAGAAAUAGAGCAGGAAAAUGUGAUAGCCAGAUACUAUCAUAAAAGGCCAAAAGUUGAGAAAAGCAGAUCCUUUAAACUGGAAAGAGAGUCAGAUUUUACAUCUUCAAGAAGAGAUUUGAAGGAUGUGAAUAUGUUGGAUAGGAAAUGUGACCAAAUGUUCGAUGGUGAACAUACACAUAAUUCUUCUUUGAAAUCCAAGCAUAAUGUAGGUAAAGCAAAUGCAGGUCGCAGCACCGUUAAGCAAAAAGUAAGAGAUCAGAUCAAACAAAUGCUUUUGAGUGCUGGUUGGACAAUUGAAUUAAGGCCCAGGAGAAGUAGAGCAUAUGAAGAUUCUGUUUAUGUGUCUCCUCAAGGAACAGGUUAUUGGUCUAUCACCAAGGCAUAUGCCGUGUUUCAAGAGCAGUUGAAUCUUGGAAAUGAUGGCAAGUGCAAGGAUGUACCUGAAAGUUCACCUGAAGAAAGGGAUCUUGACCUAGGAGGAACAAGUCAUCCUUUUCCUGCUAUAACAAAGAAUGAAUUAGACUUGUUAAAGAGAAAUGUGAUUAACAGGAGAAAAAGUAAGGGAGAGCUUGAAGAAACUGAAAAGUAUGGAGAAAGUGGAAGCAAAAUGGCAAGGCUAGGUUCCGCUGGGAGAAACUCUAUAGAGGAGAGCAAAAGGUUCAGUUCUUUGGUUGUAAAUUCAAAAGCCGUUGAUGGUUUUGUAGCACAUAAACAUCUUAUGGUGGAAAGAACCAAGCAAAGAACUUGUGCUCUUGUGGUCCGUGGAACUAAUCAAGAGGAAGAGGAUGAAAUGGAUGAUUACAUUCCUUAUGAUUGGAAACGAACUGUUCUCUCCUGGAUGAUAGAUUUAGGGGUUGUGCAUGAAAGAGGGAAGGUGAAGUACAUGAACAAGAAGAGAACACGAGCAAAAUUAGAGGGCCGGAUUACAAGAGAUGGUAUUCAUUGCAGCUGUUGCAGCAAAAUUCUUACUGUGUGGAAGUUUGAGCUUCAUGCUGGUAGCAAAGAGUACCGGCCAUAUGAGAACAUCUUUGUGGAGGAUGCUGGAGUUUCCCUGUUGCAAUGUCAGCUUAAUGCAUGGAAGAAGCUGGAUGAGUCUGAAAGGCGUGGAUUGUAUUCAAUAAAUCUUGAUGGUGACCCUAACGAUGAUACUUGUGGUAUUUGUGGAGAUGGUGGUGAUUUGAUCUGUUGUGAUGGUUGUCCUUCAACUUUCCAUUUGAGUUGCUUGGGAAUUCAGAUGCUUCCUCCUGGAGAAUGGCACUGUACAAACUGUGUGUGCAGGUUUUGCGGCUCAGUUUCUUCUGCUGCUACUCCCCAACUGUUAUCUUGCUCCCAGUGUGAGAAAAAAUACCACCAAGAUUGUAUGCCUGAGGUUGAUUAUUCUUCUGUCCCUCCCAACAAUGGAAGCACUUCAUUUUGUGGGCAAAGUUGCAGAAUGGUUUUUAAACAGUUGAAGAAACUUCUUGGGGUGAAAAAUGAUUUGGAAGCUGGAUUCUCUUGGCGCCUGAUUCGUCGUUUUGAUGAGGAUUCCUUGGAGUCUCUAAGCAAGCUAUCUCAACGGGUUGAAUGCAACUCUAAGAUUGCAGUUGCUUUUGCAGUUAUGGAUGAGUGCUUUCGACCCAUCACUGACCCAAGAAGUGGCAUUAACCUGAUUCAUAAUGUUGUAUAUAACUGUGGAUCUAAUAUCCAUCGGCUAAACUACUGUGGUUUCUAUACUUUCAUCUUGGAGCGAGGCGAUGAAAUUAUCUCUGCUGCAUCUAUCAGAAUUCAUGGCACCCGAUUAGCAGAAAUGCCCUUCAUCGGAACAAGAAAUAUGUAUAGGCGUAAAGGGAUGUGUCGCCGUCUUCUGUAUGGGAUUGAAUCGGCUCUCCGCUCGCUUAAUGUUGAAAAACUUGUAAUACCUGCGAUAGCGGAACUGAAGGACACUUGGACUACGGUGUUCAGCUUUAAACCUCUCGAGAAAUCACAAGAAUUGGAGAUUAGGUCUGUGAAUUUGCUGGUUUUCCCUGAUACGGGUCUAUUGCAGAAGCAACUACCAAGAAAAGAUUAUGCUGAAAAGCAUAUGGCUUCUAACAUAAGUGAUUGUGUGAAUGCCAGCAAUAAUGACAAGGGUGAAUCUGAUAAGAUGCAUCAUCAAACACUUGCGGAAGAUAAUAGGUCCUCCGCACCUGUUGAGCCCAACCUUCACUCCUCUGAUGACAUUGUAAAUGGAAAAUAUGAGGUCAAAGAUGCUCAAAUUCCUCUACACAAAUCAGCAGAGUCUGCUACUAAUGGGAAUUCUCUUACUCCAGAAUCUGUUCGCCAUAAUGAAUGUGUAGAGCAACUUAAAUCUGAAGUUAGAGAUGAAUUACACAGCGAGGCAAAGGUGGAUGAUACUCUAGAAAUAAUGAUUGUGAAUACUGAUAUUGUGGCAAAACCAGUUCAUGGUAGUGACACUUCCUCAGUACAUAGCUGUGAAGCCAAACAAACACAACUGGGUGAUAUUUCCUCUGCUAAACAAGAAUCUCAACGAAAUGCUGCAUCUGACUCGACAAAUAUUGCCUUUCUGGGAGAUAGUCAAGGUUCAUCUGGAGGUAGUUUAACAAACGGUUCCGAGGAUAUCGUUAAUGCCGCUCCACUUGAUUCUAAUUAUCGUCAGAAGCUGCAUGAUUGUCACAAUACACCUGACUCCAUGGAUACCUCGCUGUCAUCUGUCUUUCCCGAGCCUAAGGUUUCCUCAAGCCACAGCAAUACGCUGAAAACCUUUAAUAAAACAGACGGUGUUGCAGGUUCUUUUGAACAAAGUCCUAGUGAUUUCAUCAAAGUUUCUUCGCAGGAUCGGAGUUUUGAUAUAUUUAAUGAAGUCAAGGAUUCUCCUAUCGAGUUGGAGAGUUGCAAGACAAGGGAUGAAUCUCACUGCUCUAGUGCCAUUUCUUCUGUGACACCAGAUGCUGUUUGUACUCGAAUCGAUGAUCGGCCUGAAUUAAGCACUUCAAAUGAGAUUUCUGUGGAAGUUCUUGUCAAGCCUCGCCAUAUCUGUGAUGAUGUUAAAAAAAAUACUGACAGCUGUGAAGAUGAUAUGGCUUUUGGAAAACCUGCUUAUACUUGUGGCUUGCAUCAGUUUACUGUGCUUCAGAAGUGGUAGUUAAGUUAGACGAGGAGCGUGAAGCUAACAAUGACUAAGCUGGGUUAAGCAUUUUUUGUAGCAAGUUUCCUAAGUUUUGACAUCUCCACCCUUGUUGAUGGUCACUAUUCGACAGAGAUGCACAAAUUAUUCUCUCUGCUCUGCUACACUGGUAGAAAUGAAAUGAUAUAUUUUGUUGUCUCUUCUAAGCACUGGUGAUGUUGCGCUGCAACUUAGGAUGACCCUCUUCGCUAAUGAGCUAGAUGUUGUCAACCUCUACUUUUUCAGGUUGAUAUAUUUUUUUCCGAGAGUUCAGAGGCAACGAAGCAGGCUUGGAAGGACUUCUAUAAGCUGCGUGGCAUAUGUACAGAAUUCGUUACUGAAAAGUGCUUUUACUGUGGUGGCAGCUCGGCCUUUUUGCGACUUAAUAAUUUAACUUAUAUCCAGUGAGGUGGUGGUGUUUUUUUUUUUUUUUUUUUUUUUUUUUUUUUUUUCUUUUCCCCCUUUUCUGAUGCUAAUAGUUUAGGUUAUGCGGCUAAUUUCCGGUUGAAAUCAUAUUAUUUUUUGAACCAGUUACGUGAAAACAAAUUUAUAGUGUACAGAUGGGACUAGAUGCUUGUAAAAGUUAUCCAGAUUAGGGAACUGUAGCUGGUUGCUUUAGGCAGCAAUUUUUUUUCUUCCUCUUCUUCCCUUUUUUCUUUUGUGUGUUCAUAUUUACAGAACCUUCUUUUGUUCUGCUUCUACAAGCAGUCAAUUUUGUAAGUUCAUUAAUGAAUGCAUUAGUGAUUUACUGUUC